AUGUCUCUGUCGCUCGUCUUGCGUCGCACAUCUCGCCCUUGCCGCUUCCUAGGUGGACGCUAUACCGUAUCCUCCGCGUACUCCACUUCAACCGCAUCCACGACGCACUUUGGUUUCCAGCAAGUACCAGAAGCGGACAAGGAACAGAUGGUCGCGUCGGUCUUCCAUAAUGUGGCUCAACGGUACGACAUCAUGAACGACUUUAUGAGUGGCGGGAUGCAUCGCCUAUGGAAGGACUCGUUCGUGGAGACACUGCACCCGGUGGGUCCUUUACAGUGUCUGGACAUGGCAGGAGGGACCGGAGACAUUGCGUUUCGCAUUGCAGAGCAGCUGACCAAGACUUCAGAAGGCACUUCAGGGUCCCAGAUCACUGUAUGUGAUAUCAACUCGUCCAUGCUUCAGGUGGGCGAGGAACGGGCAGCAAAAGUGCUGCCACACGUGGACCAGUCACUCUUCCGAUGGGUAGAAGGCAACGCGGAACGCUUGGACUUUGACGACAAUUCCUUUGAUGUCUACACAAUUGUAUUCGGCAUUCGGAAUGUCACGCAUGUUGAUCGUGCUAUCAAAGAGGCGUUCCGAGUGCUCAAGCCGGGAGGUCGUUUCAUGUGCAUGGAGUUCAGUCAAGUGCCGAACUCGUUCCUUCGCGAGGUUUACGACGCUUACUCGUUCAAUGUGAUCCCGUUGCUGGGCGAGAAAGUUGCCAACGACCGUGCAUCGUACCAGUACCUUGUCGAAAGUAUCCGUCAAUUUCCGCCGCAGGAAGAGUUUAAGGCGAUGAUUGAGGACGCGGGCUUUAAACGCGUGACUUACACGAACUUCACAUUCGGUGUCACUGCAAUACACUCUGGUUUCAAGUUCUAG